CACGCAUGCGCGUAGUACACCGAAGGCCUUGAAAAUUUCUGGUGCAGGUUCCAAAUGACAAGAAAUUUCUCUACGGGAAUCUAAAAUGCACCACGCCAGUUUUGCUGAAUCUGUCCAGAUAUUUAGGAAGUGGAGCAAGGGAUUCACUCGAUCAUCCUUCCUGCUCAGGCUGUGGGGAGGAUUUCACUCUAUCAUCUGACCGACUGGCACGCCUGUCAUUUUAAACAGGUGAUUCCCAUUCAUCUGCUCAGACGGUAUGAAUGGAUUCAGAUAUUUCAGCUAAAGGGACAUCAGCAAGUUCACACUGGGACAAUGCCAUUCACCUGAUCUCUGUGUGAGAAGGGAUUCAGUAGGUCUUCCCUCCUGUGAACAAACCUGUCAAUUCACACUGGGGCAGAGGCCUUUCACCCGCUCAGACUGUGUGAAGGGAUUCACUAAGUCAUCCACCCUAAUGGCUCACCAACGAGUUCACACUGGGGAGAGGCCGUUCACCUGCUCAGACUGUGGGAAAGGCUUCAGCUGCUCAUCUAAACUGAAGGUACAUCAGAGAAUUCACACUGGGGAGCGGCCAUUCACCUGCUCAGACUGUGGGAAGGGAUUCACUCAGUCAUCUGAACUGAAGGUACAUCAGAGAGUUCACACUGGCGAGCGGCCGUUCACCUGCUCAGACUGUGGGAAGGGAUUCACUCAGUCAUCUAAAUUGAAGGUACAUCAGCAAGUGCACACUGGGGAGAGGCCAUUCCCCUGCUCAGACUGUGGGAAGAGAUUCACUCAGUCAGCCCACCUACGAGCACACAGGUCAGUUCACACUGGGGAGAGGCUGUUUACCUGUUCAUACUGUGGGAAGGGAUUCAUUUUGUCGACUCAGCUACUGAGACACCAGUCAGCUCACACUGGGGAGAAGCCAUACACCUGCUCAGUGUGUGGGAAGGGAUUCACUCGGUCAUCCGCCCUAAUGGCUCACCAGCGGGUUCACACCGGUGAGUGGCCGUUCACCUGCUCGGACUGUGGGAAGAGAUUCACUCAGUCAUCUCACCUACAAGCACACAGGUCAGUUCACACGGGGGAGCGGCCAUUUACUUGCCCGUACUGUGGGGAGGGUUUCACUUUGUCAUCUCAGCUACUGAGACACCAGUCAGUACACACUGGGGAGUGGUCGUUCACCUGUUCAGACUGUGGGAAGGGAUUCACUCAGUCAUCUCAACUGAAAGUACAUCAAAGAGUUCACACUGGGGAGCGGCCGUUCAGCUGCUCAGACUGUGGGAAGGGAUUCACUUGCUCAUCUAAACUGAAGGUACAUCAACGAGUUCACACUGGAGAGAGGCCGUUCACAUGCUCAGUCUGUGGGAAGCGAUUCACUCGGUCAUUUCAUCUGAAGGUACACCAGCGAGUUCACACUGGGGAGAGGCCGUUCACCUGCUCAGACUGUGGGAAGGGAUUCUCUUGCUCAUCUCAACUGAAGGUACAUCAGCGAGUUCACACUGGAGAGAGGCUGUUCAGUUGCUCAGACUGUGGGAAGGGAUUCACACAGUCAUCCCACCUACAAGCACACCGGUCAGUACACUCUGGGGAGAAGCCAUUCACCUGCUCAAUCUGUGGGAAGGGAUUCACUGCAUCAUCCAACCUACAGAGACAUCAGCGAGUUCACACUGGGGAGAGGCCAUUCUCCUGCUCAGUCUGUGGGAAGGGAUUCACUCAGUCAUCCCACCUACAGAGUCAUCAGCGAGUUCACACUGGGGAGAAGCCGUUCACCUGCUCAGUCUGUGGGAAGGGAUUCUCUCAGUCAUCCAACCUACAGAAUCAUCAGCGAGUUCACACUGGGGAGAAGCCGUUCACCUGUUCAGAAUGUGGGAUAGGAUUCACUCAGUCAUCCCAACUACUGGCACAUCAGUCAGUUCAUAAUGGUGAGUGGCCAUUCACCUGCUCAGUCUGUGGGAAGGGAUUCACUCAGUCAUCCAACCUACAGAGUCAUCAGCGAGUUCACACUGGGGAGAAGCCGUUCACCUGCUCAGUCUGUGGGAAGGGAUUCACUCAGUCAUCCCAACUACAGAAUCAUCAGCGAGUUCACACUGGGGAGUGGCCGUUCACCUGCUCAGAAUGUGGGAAAAGAUUCACUCAGUCAUCCACCCUACUGAGUCAUCAGCGUGUUCACACUGGGGAGAGGCCAUUCACUUGCUCAGUCUGUGGGAAGGGAUUCUCUCACUCAUCCACCCUACAGAGACACCAGCGAGUUCACACUGGGGAGAGGCCAUUCUCCUGCUCAGUCUGUGGGAAGGGAUUCACUCAGUCAUCCAUCCUACGGAGUCAUCAGCGAGUUCACACUGGGGAGAAGCCAUUCACCUGCUCAGUCUGUGGGAAGGGAUUCACUCAGUUAUCCAGCCUACAGAGUCAUCAGCGAUUUCACACUGGGGAGAAGCCAUUCACCUGCUCAGUCUGUGGAAAGGGAUUCACUCGGUCAUCCAUCCUACAGAGUCAUCAGCGAGUUCACACUGGGGAGAAGCCGUUCACCUGCUCAGUCUGUAUGAAGGGAUUCACUCAGUUAUCCAGCCUACAGAGUCAUCAGCGAGUUCACACUGGGGAGAAGCCAUUCACCUGCUCAGACUGUGGGAAGAGUUUCACUCGGUCAUCCCAACUACUGGCACACCAGUCAGUUCAUACUGGGGAGAAGCCAUACACCUGCUCAGUCUGUGGGAAGGGAUUCUCUGAGUCAUCCAGAUUACAGAGUCAUCAACGAGUUCAUACUGGGGAGAAGCCAUUCACCUGCUCAGACUGUGGGAAGGGAUUCACUCAGUCAUCCAAUCUACAGAAUCACCAGCGAGUUCACACUGGGGAGACGCCGUUCACCUGCUCAGUCUGUGGGAAGGGAUUCACUCGGUCAUCCCACCUACAGAAUCAUCAGCGAGUUCACACUGGGGAGAAGCCAUUCAUCUGCUCAGAAUGCGGGAAGGGAUUCACUCAGUCAUCCACCCUACUGAGUCACCAGCGAGUUCACACUGGGGAGAAGCCAUUCACCUGCACAGUAUGUGGGAAGGGAUUCACUCGUUCAUCCACCCUACAGAGUCAUCAGCGAGUUCACAUUGGGGAGAAGCUGUUCACCUGCUCAGUCUGUGGGACGGGAUUCACUCAGUUAUCCAGCGUACAGAGUCAUCAGCGAUUUCACACUAGGGAGAAGCCGUUCACCUGCUCAGACUGCGGGAAAGGAUUCACUCAGUCAUCACAACUACUGGCACACCAGUCAGUUCACAGUGGGGACUGGUCGUUGUUAUGAAUCCCUGGGUUUCGUUUGCUGUGGACUGUCAUUUUAAGAGAGAGAGACAGGCAUUAGGAUGCCGACUCAGUCUGACUUGCAGCUUGUUUUCAUUGCUCGCAGCUUGUUUAAUUUUAACCGAGGACACAGACACUCAGAGUCAGACGGAGACAAAGGAGGAAAAAUGGAAGGAUCGAAACCAGGGAACUAGUGGCCAAGGGUCACUGUUUGGAACUUUCCUAUGCCCACAAGGAUGGGUUAAUUAUUGAUUCACCGUACAUCGAAUGUGUCAUUGUCACCUCAUUUGAUCCUUAAGAGUGGAUCGGAUUUGGCGCAUCCUGUGGAGACCACUUAUGUGUUAACCCUUGCCUGGCUGUGGUGUGGCAGUUCACGAAGACGAUACCGCUUGUGACAAGUCACUUUCGAUGAUAAUUUGUAUGUGGAUUUGGAACGAUGAUGUACAAAAUCUCCAGCAACUCUUCUCUCGUUUUACCACCGUGGAACCUGUGCAAUUCUACAUAUUUGCCUUCUCUCGCCAUUUACCCUGGAUUAUAAGUCUCUCCCUCUCAUCGCCUAUUCUGUAGUUGAACUGAACUUUAAUGCUUUAUCAUCUCAACACUGUAAGCCUUGUUUCCCCUGAGCUCAAUAGUUUGGGAGUUAUAUUUACACACAUUUAUAAAUGUAACACUAUUAACUUCUGUUUAUCUUGUUUAAGUUGCAAUUUUACAAGAAGAUUCUAAUAAAGACAGAUUUAACA